AUGUCACAAUCAAGUUAUUACGAUGUUGUCAUUAUUGGAGCUGGUUGCGUUGGUGCUUGUUGUGCUAUGGAAUUGUCUAAAUACAAGAGUCUUAAGAUUGCCUUGUUAGAAAAGGCUAGAGAUGUUUCUAAUGGAGCUACUUCUGCUAACUCUGGUAUUGUUCAUUGUGGUAUUGACACUACAUUAGAAACUUUGAAAGGAAGACUUGUAGUAAGAGGAAACACUCUUAUCCAUGAACUCCAACCAAAACUUAACUUUGGUCUUACUACUUGUGGGGAGUUGAUGGUUGCUAAAACUGAUGAAGAAAUACCUAAUUUAAAUAAAUACAUGGAAAUUGCUAAAACUAAAAACGUUCCAGUUGAAUUAUGGGAUUAUGAAAGAAUUCAUAAAGAAGAACCAAAUUUGAAUAAAGAUCACUUUUUGUUUUCAUUAAAUGCAAAUGGAAGAGUAGUUACUCCGAUCCGUUUUCUUCCUAAGAAAAAUCAAUAUGAUUGUGCUGUUACUAUUUUUGCAGAAGUUAAUAAAAAAGAAAAGAAAAAUGAUACUAGACUUUAUCAAAUUGGAAGUUUUGAACUUGGAAGAGGGUCAAUGGGUAUUCGUGCUAUUGGAGAAAAGAAGAGUGACUGUUGUCACCUUUCUCAAAGUUAUGAAGGAAUUCAAAAUCUAACCUUAACAGGAACUAAUCACCCUACAGAAUUUACAACAAGAAGAGUUAUUGUCGUUCAAAUGGAAUAA